AUGGAGAUGGCUCUUCCCCAGGGCAUACCCACGCUAGAAGCAUCGUCGACGAGCAACUACACUCGCCCCGACAACGUCUUCUGCAAUGCAGAGAUCAUUGACCUGUUCACCGAGUGCAACGUGCACCCGGAGUUGCGUCCCAUAAAAACGGACCAUCUACCUAUCAUCAGUCGUCUCCGUGUCGAGGCCAUGGCAGCACACCCCAUUUCGCGUCGCAACUUCCGGGCGACGGACUGGGACGAGCUCCGUAAGGAGCUUCGCGCUCGGCUCCGUCUUUCGCCCCCACCUGAAACGAUCGCUGAUGAAGACCACUUUUACAGAUACUUCGACCUUGUCACGGGGGCGAUCCAAGCAGCGGUAGCAGCCGCGGUCCCCCUCGCGAAAGUCUCACCGUUCACGCGCAGAUGGUGGAACGCGGACCUAACCGCACUGCGGACGGCGUACCGCCGGUUGCGGGGCAAGGCCUUCCGCCGUCGUGCUCGACGCAAUGACCCGAUCCACGAGGAGUGCGCCCACGCGCACACCGCGUAUUCCGAUGCAAUCGACGCUGCAAAGCGGGCGCAUUGGGAGGAAUGGCUUGAACGCGUCGAUGCUGACUCUAUAUGGACGGGUCACCGAUACGUCAGCCAACCCCCCUCAGAC